UAAAUAAAAAUGAAUACACCUAAAUGGAUGGAAAGCUUGGGUUAUUAUUUGUACAUGUUCGUACCUUCAUGCAAAACCAUUGCAGUCAGUAUAGACACACAAAACGCAAGCCUGGUUUCUUUUCAGUACAGCUUUGUGUUAAACAGAGGUCUUUUUCCUCUGCACUACUACAUUAAAGCCCUCAGAAAAAGGGCCUAUACCUAACGAUCCAUGCUCUGUAGUUAAUCUGAGGUGUUGUGGUUAGAAAGCUGUGCUCUGUGAUAUUGAAUGGGUAAAUGAACAGGGAGAAAUCAUGGCCAGCUGAAAGCAAGCUCUCUUUAAUAUUGUAGCUUCUGUUUUAAACAGGUUUGUUAAACCAUUGCUGAGUUGGUCUAGAUUCAGUGGCAUACACUCAGUAACUCAAGCACUAUUGACUGUUGAGGAAAUCAAUGGAGACCUUCUCAGCGCUCUUUUCCUGACUCUCUGUUUCACACAUACACAAUGAAAUCAUGGCUCUCAAUCCGUACAGCGUCAUCAUCACUCAAAGCCGGUGUGUUGUAUAAAUUCCUGUAGUUUUCAAUCCUCUGUGCCCUGAUCGCCAACUGUUUUCUUCAACAACAAAAAAGAAAUUAAUCAUUUCAACUGCUUGAGACAAGCUCAGAGAUUAAUGAAGGAAGAAAAACCUUCUUCCAGAUAAAGCAAACUUUCCACUGGCUUUUCUUAUUUUGAGUCUGAGUGAAUGCGUGAGUCAAUAAAAAAAGGAACAUGGUUGGUUUAUUUGCCCCCUGGAUCAGUUCUUGGGAGCACUAAGUUUGGCAAGCUGUUAAUUCUGUGAUAUCGUUAAUUAAAACGAAUAAAAACGAAGUGAAAAACUUCAUCAGAAACGUUUUAGAGAGAAAUCUGAAAAGAUAACAAUGCUUUGUUUACUUUACUGUAUUUGCACCUGGUCACCUAUUGUCUCUGUCUGGCAGACAUCUAGAUAAUUUAGAAGAUAAUGCCACUAUCAGACGCACAAGGGGAAUUUCCUGCUUUAUUAAACAGCAGAGCUUUUGGAAAACAUUGAACAGCAUCGUUAGUAUCAGCAUAUAUUUAUCAUGGCGUAUCUGAGAUAGCACCUACUGCAGGAUGUUCUGAUUUAUAUGUAUGCAGGUUAGAGCCUACGCUGUUUAUGACAGACAUGCCUUCACCAUUGUGACACUGAGGUUUGUUAACAGCCAGUUAUCUGAUUAUUAUCUGUGCAGCCUUACCCACAAUAAACAUUGGCCAGAAGCUGGAACAAAUACAAAGCUAGCAAAAUGUCCUGCAUUCGCAUUUGUUCCCUGGAAUGAGAUCUGAUGCUGCUUCUUUGUCGUUCCUUCACCAGUGUGACAAUUUGGUUGUAUAAGUAUGAAUCAGAAACCAGCCAGAUGUUCUCCAAGUUCCCUUCCAUCAUUAUUCCACAAUCUUAGUUUAUUUACAUACUUUGUGCAAUCUUCUAUGAUAUGUCAGUAUGGUGCAUUGGGUGCAUACUCUGAUACCUGGCUGCUCUAUAAGUCAAACAGGAUUGGUAGCUCAUUGAAUACAGGUAGUACAUGUCUUGUGGCAGUGUGCAGAAGGCCUUAUAUCCAACGAGCUUCCAGUCCUGUUUGACUUGUAGAGCAGCCAGGUAUCAGAGUGAGGAUGUGAAAAUUUCUCAAGCGACAGAAAGAAAACAGAAACUGCUCAGGAUGUUGGAAGAAAACGCUCUGCACCACAGAGAGGCCAUACCUCCGUCUUUUGUUUUGAAAACAAAGAACAUAUUUGAAUUAUUAUUUUUAUUAUUAUUAUAAAUAACCACCUGCACUGUUUAAUAAAUUGUUUAAAAGAACAAGACUGUUGCUAGUAUGAUAUUUACUUUAUUAAUUGAACACAUUUUAAAGUUUGCAUCAUUAAUUGAGGCUAAAAGUAUUUUUUCUUGCUGUCUUUCUCCAUGUGUUCACUUUGUUGUCUGUAAAACCCAGACCACUUUCUGGUUCUCUCUCAGGUAUACAUCAUGUGCCUCUGAGUGAUUCUCAAAUUUCCCUCCUUUCUGCUGUUCUAUCUCUGUGGAUCGUUAGAAACCCAAUCAGCCUGUUUAAUUAAAAGGGGAAUGGGGGGUGUUUCUUGUGUUUUCCAGUGCUGAGGCAGUCUCCAAUGGGCUCCCUCUUUAAUCCCUUUCUUAUGAGCUUUAGCUCGAUACUUGAUCCAGCAGUGUCCCAGUGGACUGGAAGCCCAGCGCUCAGCACGCUGGGGAAAGCUCGCGUUACAACAAGAAAAAAUGGAUGGUCUUUGUCUCCUGUCUGUCCCAAACCUUCAGUCCCACUUGUCUGGCCUGGCUGUUGGGUUCACAUGAAUGUCCCCCAAUAUUGCAUAACCCUAUAAGUUAGAGGUUGAUGCUAGUGCUGUUGGUGCAGGAGCCGUUCUCCUUCUGGAGGAUGAACACGGCAUUAAUCAUCCGGUGUGUUAUUUCUCCCUAACAGAUGAUGUCUCAGAAGAAGAUUUUCCUGAUUCUGGUGGCAGUUAGUACUGUCAGUUUGCUGUUGCAUCAGGGAGGCCACCUGAGUUGGACCAUGGAAGUGUUCCGACAGACCUACCCAUCCAUCAACUCUCAACCUGUCAAACACACCAACAUAGUCUUCCUCAAGACGCACAAGACAGCCAGCAGCACUGUGCAGAACAUCUUCUUCCGCUUUGCUGAGCGCAACAACCUCACAGUGGCGCUGCCGGUCACACCAUGUGACCACCAGUUCUGCUACCCGCGCCUCUUCAGCAAACAUUUUGUCCACCCCUACACCAUGCCUCCAAACAUUGUAACCAGCCACAUGCGCUUCAGCCACUCUGAGUUGAAAUGCAUUAUGCCCAAUAACACCCUCUACAUUACCAUCUUACGUGAGCCUGGAGCCAUGUUUGAGUCCCUGUUCAGCUACUACAAUCAGUACUGUGAUAGUUUCAAGCGGGUCCCCAAUGGAUCUCUGGAAGCUUUUCUGGAAAACCCCUGGGCUUACUAUCGCCCUGAGGAGAAAGAUUCAAUGUAUGCUAGGAAUACACUGACCUUCGACCUGGGUGGAGAUAGGAAUAAACCGCCCAAAGAAGUGCCGACGUAUGCGAAGCGAUUUGCUGCAGAAGUGGAGAAUGCCUUCUCAUUGGUCAUGAUUGCAGAACAUUUUGAUGAAUCCCUAAUCCUGAUGCGACAUCUGUUGUCAUGGGAUCUAGAGGAUGUGCUCUACAUCAAGCAAAACAUGCGCAUGCCUUUGUCUAGAAGCAACCUUUCUGAAGCACAACUGAACAAAAUCCGAUCAUGGAACUCCAUCGAUGCUGUGCUGUAUGACCACUUUAAUGUCUCACUUUGGAGGCAGCUGAAAGAACUGGGCCUAGAUUGUGUUGCUAGGGAAGUAAAGCUGCUGCGUCAUGCCCAAGAAGAGAUGGUACGUGGCUGCUAUGGUGGCAGACUGCCUCAGCUCCGCUCAGCUGCGGAGAUUACCAACAAAGAUCUGCGGCCCUGGCAGCCCAGCAAAGUGACUAUUGUUGGCUACGACUUACCAGAGUCUGGCAUGUCACAGGACAAGUGCCUGAAAAUGAUAAUGCCUGAAGUGCAAUAUACAAAGCGACUGCUAAACACGCAGAUGCUGCAUUACAGGAACAAGUACUUUUUAAAUACAAUGAAGCAUAAUAUGAGGAAUCCCUCUAGCCAGCAACAACACACCUCCCGAUCCAUUUUAGUUCGUUCAGCCACACUUAGGAAGAGUCCCAGAGCAUCUGUAUAGUUCUUCCACUAAAAACCUCAACUUUUGAUCACACAAAAAGCCCUCUCAUUUUCCUCUUUCAUCUUGUGACCCAGACUGCAGGGAAAUAUCUGUGAAGAACAGUGAAAGUCCAAGAUUAUUCCAGCCAUCUAAAACUCCCUCCUCAGGACCUGUAUACCUGUGCCAUUGCUGUGUAUGGCUUAAAAAAUUCCUCUAAUGAGGACUUUGCUAGCUGGAUCUGUGAAGCUCAUAAAGACCAGAGUAUGUGUACUGUAUGUGUGAUGUGUUUUGUUAGCUAUAGGAUGUGACUAAAAUAUGGCACUCUCUCAUGUAAACAUACACACACAUGCACAGACAUGCAUAGUACUUGCACACACAUAUGGUACGAACAUCAUAGUGGUAUUUGAAAACAAAGAUUCUGGACCAUUAAAGGGACAUUUUAGCAGAUAAUAGCCUAAGUUAGAAGUUUCUCAACCAUCUUUCCUGCUAAGCUACACCCUAGAACAUAGUGUGCUCUCCAGGCUGUAAUGCCUAAAUGCUUGUGCUAGAAGUGCUGCAUAAUGAACUGGCAGGCAAAAUGGCUAACUUUCUUUGCCAGCUAUGUCUUGAGUCUUGUCUUUAGUUAGAUGUUAUGGUCCAUGUCUUUGUCUUUGUUUUUUUCUCCAGUGUGAAGAAUCUGGGGCAUCACAGAGACUGUGUUUGUCCUGAAUACAUUAUAUAAUUAGAUACAAUAAAAGGAGAAAAGCAUUAAGACUUGAAUUCACCGACUACCUUUUAGAAAGGGCAGUCAAAUAACAGACGGUGUAUGUAAACUCAUUCAUUCAGACAGUUUCUUGAGACAUACAAGCCUCGUAUAGGGUCAAUAGAAUGUAGAUGUUUAAUUGUUUAAGCUCCCUUGGACACUGCUUGGUUUGCACUCCUACUCAUUGCAGGAGCAGGCUGAUCAGCUCGGAGCAGAGCAGACGACAGACUUAAUGAGGGACAGGGGAAAAAGUUCACUAGACUUACUAGUUUCGGGAAGCAAUUUGCAGUAACACGGUGACCUUGAAACUUUCCCUGUGACAGAUAGUACAGCAUAAUAGGCACUGUGCUUACACACUGCUGUAAGUCUACAUACAGCUGCUGGCAGUCUCAGCGUUAAAUCAGUUUCAUAGGAAACAUACAGGAUGUCAUUAAUAAUUUAUAUUUAAUACUGAAUCAGUUUAAUUCGUUUAAUAUUUUGUUCUAAUGUUGCUAUGUGAUUUGUGCGUGCAUACAUGCGUGAGUGUGUAAUUUUGUAUUGCAACAAUUUUAAAAUCAUCCAUUUUCCUUCACACUACUUGUGACAGAUCAUCAGUUAUUAUUAUUAUUAUUAUUAUUAUUAUUAUUAUUAUUAUUAUUGUUGUUGUUGUUGUUGUUGUUGUUAUUAUUAUAUUCCUAGCAGUAUCUGUGAGCCAAGCUGCUGCUGUAUCAUUCAUUAGACUUGAUUCCUUCUUAUUAUGCUACAAAUAAGCUUCUCAGCAUUACACUUACAUCAGACUUUAAUUUAGUUUGUACUUUCUGUUGACUUACUCUAGUAGUACAGAUUAAAACUUCUAAUAGCUAAUAGACACAACUCCUACACCUUUAAUUAAUCCAUGUGCAAAUGAGACACUUCCCAAAUGCUGACAAAUGUGACAAAAUGCUACUUUUCUCAUAUUACAAUUCAAGUUAAAAUUUUCCACACGUACAGUAUGUAUAGAGGCGAAAGAGAGAACUUGCAAAAACACCACUAUACAUUUACACAACACACACUAAAAUAUCCAACUUAGGUUAAUUAUUGUAUUAAGUAAUUAAGUACUGUAAGUACCGAUAUUAAUGAUUAGGCAAUAAUUCUGUGUCUCUCUCUUCACACUAGGUGUGACAGGUUAUACAAACACCUGAUUAUCUCUUGCACUCUAAAAUUCACACCAUUUCAGCCCUCGUUCUCAUGCUCAGAGCUGUAAGUUCUAUAAGAUCUUUAAAGGGUUCUCUGUACUGUACUACUGUGCAUCCUAUCAGAGGGACAUUAAAAAAGUGACAUGAGUGUGUUGCGUGUAAGCUUUUAUCAAAGAAAACUGGAGUUGUUUAUUUUAAUUCUACAUGUUCAUUUUGACCAGGAGCUUUAAACAAGAUGCUUCUGACAAUCAGAUUUAUUGAUUAUGUGUUGAUAUGUAAAGAAAAUAAAACCAUGAUCA